GUUGCGCGUGCGCGGGGCGCAUGCGCGCGGUGGGGUGCGGCCGGCUCGCGGGUUCACCGCCCCGGGAGCAGCGGCCGCCGGCGGCGCGUGAGGGCCGCAGAGGAGCGGUGACGCUCGGUCCCCUCGCACGAAGCGACCGCGUUACAGCCCCGUGGAGAGAGCGAGGCGGGAGGAGAGCGCGGCCUCGACGUACCCUGCCGGCCCUCGGCAGCGGAGCGCUCGCUGGUUUCAGCCCCAUUAAAUGAAAUCUUGGCGCAGCUGGUCUGGAGUAAUAUAUGCGGUCCUGCUGUUGGCUUUUGCUGGACUUUGUAUCUGGGUAAAGAAUGCAGACUAUAAAGUGCGUAGUUGUUGGAGAUGGCGCUGUGGGAAAAACUUGUCUUCUCAUCAGCUAUACCACCAAUGCCUUCCCAGAAGAGUACAUCCCCACUGUGUUUGACAACUACAGUGCCCAAAUGACUGUUGAUGGCCGGACGGUUAGCCUGAAUCUCUGGGACACUGCAGGCCAGGAGGAAUACGACCGUCUGCGCACGCUCUCAUAUCCUCAAACCAACGUGUUUGUCAUCUGUUUCUCCAUUGGCAGCCCGUCUUCCUAUGCAAACGUGAGGCACAAGUGGCACCCUGAAGUUUCUCACCACUGUCCUAAUGUUCCCAUUCUUUUAGUGGGGACGAAGAGGGACUUGAGAAAUGACCUGGAAACGGUUAAAAAGUUGAAAGAGCAAAGCUUGGCUCCCACUACCCCACAACAGGGGACUUCACUGGCUAAACAAAUUGGAGCGGUCAAAUAUUUGGAGUGCUCAGCGUUGAAUCAGGAGGGUGUUCGGGAGGUGUUUGCUGAAGCUGUGCGUGCAGUUCUUUAUCCUGUGACAAAGAAGAACACAAGAAAAUGCGUCUUGUUGUAGUUACCUCGGAUGAUGGAUGUUCAGUGUUGACUAGUGACUAGAAUUUUUGGAGGGCUUUUUAACGUGUUAAAUUGAAGAUUUGCGUCUUGCACUAACAGCUCUAAGCAGAAACGGUUUAUGCAAAGAAUAUUCUUGCAGUCUUAUUGCUUCAGGGAAACUGAAACAAAACUCUUCUUUUCCAGCCGAGAGGUCAAAUAUAUACUUAAUUUCUGAAGUUCCAGUCUCCAGCUUCUCCAGGGAUCACUUGGCUUCUGUUCUUAUUUAGUGGAGGGAAGCAAAGGAAGGGACUUCUCUGAAGCCCAACUUCUCCACUUUGUAGCCACCAGUUGCUAGAUUUGUGAAAAGCACAAGUUCUGAUACUUUGCUUUAAGUCUAGGUGCUGUUUUUUUUCCAAUCUCUUACUUACAGAUCAAGCUGGUUUUACAAGUGGAAGUCUGGUUGUCCAUUUGUUGUAAUUUGCCAAUUCAGAGCUUGAAAACAAUUUGUUUACAUACAAAAAUGCCAGAAAUAUUACUGAGAUUCGCCUUAAAGUGAACUGUGAUCAUUUAGAUGAAGUUAACAGGCAUCUAAUCCAAUCAGCAAGACCUAGGGAAUGCCUGCAUUUAUUUUGUUAAUAGAAGCAAAUUCCUAUUGUGAGGAACUUAGGAUAAUGAUGAAUCACUUAAGUGAGUGAUUUUUUAGUGCUGUUGAAAUGGAGGGGUGGAAGAGUAGAUUAUGUGCAAGUCUUCCAUAAUCUCCUAAACCAAGUUAAGGUUUUAUUUCACUCUUCAAAGAGACUUUACACCCUGAGAAUAAACUUAAAAUUAUCUCCCUGGGCUGACUGAGAUAGUUGAGAUGACACUUAUUCUCAAAGUGAGCUUUUUCAGCGUGAUCCUGCUCUCCCUUUGAUGACUCCCAGAGACUUGGGUAGAAGCCCAUUUGUUCUUGAAUUAAUUGUUUCACUUAAUCUUCUUGGAGUCACCACCUGAGUUUUUACAGCAAAUUCCUGUGUUGUUUCUUUUUGUGGGAGAUCACUGACAGAAAAUGUGGAGGUUCUGCUUACAGGAAACAGAAACACUUGUUUCUUCUGACGGUUUCGGUUAAGUUUGCCGUGGUUAGCCACUCACUGGAUAGAUUUACCUGGGCGGUUUUCUCCCCUCUGCUAGGUAACCAGUUGGUCUAAACUGUUUUAAUGGAAAUUCUAUUUAUGUGCUUUUUUAACUUUCUCUAGCAGCUCUGGUGAGUGGCAGCUGGCUGUUAUUUUCAGGAUGUGCACUGUUAUUUGUGUGUGAUUCUGGGACCAGCUGAGGAGCGAGCGCAUGAAACCUUCCUUAGUCUUAACCUUAGAGCUUGGUGGCAUGAAAGCAGCAUGCUUCAAAGAUGCUUUGUAUGAAACCAAUGGUGCUGGACUGGGCUUUGUUGUCUGAGGUCGACAGUACUGUCUUUGUCCAGAUGCAGCCUCGAUUGGUCAUUCAGGACUUGCUUCCUUGUGAUUCUCACACGUGUGAAACUGCACUGUGUAUACCCCGGGCAGAAAAAAAAAGCCUAAUUUUAGCAAGAGAACGGGAAAUAUAUCAACAAGGUUACUAGGGAUCUUGAGUUAAUCUGACCUUGCUUUAUCUGAUACCAAAAAAAGGAACCUAACCCAAAAACCAACCAACCCAAACCCCAAACAACGGGUAGAUACGUUCGUAUUUGUGCCCUCAUUCCCCUCUCUGAAGAGGAUGUGCCUUUCUUCAGCUGGUGUAACUGAUGCUGACACUAACUGCAACUUCUGUGUACCUGAUGUAUGCUCAUACAAGUACUGCUUCAGCAAACUGCAACCCAUAGAUAGCAACUGCAGUUAACCCAAAUAUAUGUGGCUAGUAAAACACCACUGAGUUCCUAACGUUGCCCUGUGGUCGGCAACACCGAAAUGCCUGAAUAUAAUGCAUGAAUGCCUGCAGAAACCUGGAGACUUCUGCCUAUUUUUCUUCACCAGCUGCCUGUUGUCUGGAAUGUCUUUGCAUCUUUUGCACUUGCAGAAGUGCUGUUCCAGAUGUGGCUGCAGCUGCAGGCUGUGAGGGAGCAGGAGCAUUUCCUUGGGGUGACCUCUACUCACCACGCUCUGCCUUGUCUUAGCAGCAGGCCUUCAGCGUGGGCUUGACUUGCUGGCAGCAAUUAAUCCUGUGCCUUGUAAUGCAAGAUUAUUUCCUGUAGGUAAAUGUCAGUAACUGAGUAAAUAGAGUUUAUCAUGUUUAAAAUAUA